AACAGGAUGUUAGCGGUAACGCGAGGGCCAUGUUGAAGCUGAUGAACGGAGCAGACGUGGCCAAACAUUCUCUCUCCUCGCUGGGUUCUGCUAACUGCUUUGUUGACUCUCUACACGACGGCAUGGACUUCGACUGCAACAUCUCCAGGGCCCGUUUUUGAGCUGCUGUGUUCUUCCCUGUUCAACAAGAGUGUCCAACCAAUCAGAAGCCUGCUGGAGACGACUGGGCUCUCUACUAGCGACAUCAACAAGGUGGUUCUCUGUGGGGGGUCUGCCAGGAUUCCUCGGCUGCAGCAGAUGAUCAGAGAUCUGUUCGCUGACGUGGAGCUGCUAAGCUCCGCCCCACCUGAUGAGGUCAUUGCGGUCGGCGCAGCGAUGGAGGCGGGCCUUCUAGUCGGCCGGGAGAUUGGCUCCUCCCCAGAGUCUGUUACCGUGGAAGCCUGUGUCUCAGACAUUCUGCUCAAGGAGGUGGAUGAAACAGGGGCUGAGGUGUUCUCUGUGCUCCUCCCCUCGGGCACGCCCCUUCCUGCUCGGCGACAUCACAUCCUGUCUGGUCCUGGCCGCUUGGCAUCUCUCUGUCUGGAGCUUUACCAGAAAACCACAGAGCAGCCAGAGAGACUGGCCAAGAUUGUUCUGAGAGACCUGGAGACCAAAGAGGACAACCAUGACAUUGAUGCCGUGGUAACCAUGAAGAGGGACGGGUCUCUCCAUGUGAGCUGUGUGGAGCAGAACAGUGGGAAGACUGAAGCCAUCAGCAUAUCAGCAGCCUCCUGAUUUCACCACCAAGUUAAUGUCAUUAAAGUUCCUUUUUAAAGUUUAAAUAAAGACAUUCUGGUUUAA